AUGAGUGGAAUGACCAGCGCUGUGGGCAUCGCCCCGUCAUCUGCGGGAGUGAGCGAAGAUGAGUGGUCGCUUUUGCUUGCCGCCUUUAUUGGUUGCUUCGCUGCAGAUGUGGAACGGGGGGUGGAGGAAAAGGAGGAUGAUUUGUUACGCACAUGCGGGGUGGUGAAAGCUGACGCAGAACCUUUAGCCAGCACGGCGGGGUCCGCUAGGUAUUAUGCGUUUCGUGGCGUGCGCCGAGCGUUGCGGUAUUUGGUGCACGACAAUGAUGCAUUGCGGGCAAGGUAUACGUUGGAACGUGUUGUGGACACGCUGGGUGAGGCGUUUUGGCGGCAGCUGCAACUGCCGCAGUCUUCUUUCCCCCACAGUGAUGAGGAGGCGAGGGGCUCGGGGAGUUGUGAUACGGCAGGGGGUGAGCAAGAGAUGCUGCAGCUGCUCUACAGGCUAGCAGGUAUAUUUCCAUACAGCACCACGACAUUGAAUGCCGCCCUACCCGCCGAGCUCCUGUACAUGGUGUACUACUUGGCCUACACACACUGUGCCCCGCAGGCGUGGCAGUCAGAGGCGACCCACAGUCGAUGGGCUCAGCUUUUUUUUCUGCCAUUGCUCACCACCUCUUCGACGGCGACGACAAUGACCAUGAUGACAGAUGUCACAGCAGCUACGGAAUUAUUUUCUUCACAAGCGCAUGGACUUGAAAGGAGGGCGCAGGCGACCGAAGUCGAAGAUGGGCGCUCUCACGUUACGCAACUUUUUUCACGCUGCAUGUCUGAUAGCGAAGUCGAAAAUGUUUUGCUGUUUAUUGAUGCAUACCAUGCGUGGCUCUUGCGCGAUUACCGCGGGGUGCUGGAACACACGGAACAACUCUUUCAGCUAUUGCUGGUUGGGGGAGAGACACAACCGUGUCUGUUGUGGGUUAUGCUUCACUCAUCACGUUUUAUGAAUGUCUGUGCGACUAUUGCGGUGACAAACAUGUCACACUCUGAGACGAGGGACACGGUAAAGGAGCGCCUCCAGCGGAUGAGAGAAGAAUACAGCGGAGCUGCUCGAUUGCGUUCUCGAAGCCCUGUACGAGGGGUUGACACGCCGUUGCAUGCGUGCCCACCUUUGAUGCGCGCUGCUUACGACUUGCUUCAUUGUGAGCUUUCGCUUGGCGAGGGCGCGGACCCCUACGAAAAGGGGGAUGACAGCUGUCGCCAUGACGAGGAGCAUCUACGGCAAUUGAUGGCGGCCGAGAGCUGGCAGGGCACAUUUCUGCUCACAUUGCGGGUGUGGUUGCGGGCAAAGCGGCUGACUGAGGAGGGACACAUGGCCGACUCAAGAGACCUUCUUCUCCACACUUUGGAGCGACUCUACGACCGCAGCUGCAUGAGCACGAAGGAGGGUCAGAGCUUCAUCACAGUCUCUCCACCUCCACCCGCUGUUGCACCGACCACCACGAACUCUGCUGGUGUUGUUGGUAGUGCGAGUGGUGCCACUAGAGAAGCGGCCUCCAGCUCUGCAGGUGAGGGCAACAUGUACGUAGUGGUGUAUCUAAUGCCUUCCAUAUGGCUUCGACAGUUGUUGCUGUUAAAUUGCGCAGCUCUUGCUGACACAAGAACCCUACUUUACUUUCUGCAUUGUCUACGACAGCCGCUAGCGCUUGCUGAAUUGUUGUACCUUGCAGUUUGUCCAACACUUGCUUCAGGCGGAGUGCAUUCCCCCAUUCUUGCCUCAUUUUCAAUGGAUGAGGUGGGUGAAGUACAGUCUGUGCUCAAUAUGAAGGAGUUAAUGCGACGAAUGCCGCUUACUGUGCGAGUACCAUUGUUAUCUCAUCGUAUCUGGAGGCUGCGGCAACGACUCCUACAGAAACUGUUGCAAGUACCAGGUGAACAUGCUGAGGUUGACGAUCAUCGUGUCUCUCUCCAGAAGGAGAUGAUACAGCUCUGCGAGUCUCUUGUGAGGAGCGCGCGAGGCCUGUUUGGUUCAUUGGAGCUGAGUUUCACUGACUGUGUCCCGCAUCGUGUUGUGUUUGAUGCCAUCACGAUGGCCUGUGACAUGCAGGAGGAUAUUCUUCACAACGCCGCCUUGUCGUUGGCAACGGCUCCUUCACUUUCAUCCCCAUUUUCACCGUGUGGAGGCAGCAGCAGCAGCAGUAACAACAGCAACAACAGCGAUAGCAGCAGUGAUGAGUACACGGACCUCAUAAUGACUGGGCCACCAAACACAAGCGCUACGGAGACGAAUGCACCUGCUAGCUUACCGCCGUCCUCUGCCACUGCAUUGGAAGGCGGUUCGCUUUCAUACUUUGCUCCUGUGACGCAUGCCAGUGGGCAUAGCAGGAGAAGCAGGGACACCACUAACCCAAGCCACUGUGGCGACGGGGGUAGUGAUGGUGACGGUGAUAGCUGGUUACGAGUGACUUGUCCACCGUUGUUGGUGUCACCAUCGGAACUCAGUCAAGAAACAUCUUUUGUCGCAUCUACUGCAGUGAUGGCGCAAGAGUUGUAUUGGGUUGCCUACAGAAAGGCACAUGAGUGGGUGGAAAUUCUUCAGUGUUUCUUCCCGCAUUUAUCCCUUAUAGUGCAGGUAUGCCAGCUGCGUGUGACCGCCGCAGCCUUCGACAGGGGAAGCGUGCAUCUUGCUCGGCACCUGCUUGCAAUGCACAAGGGAAACCCGUUGGUCGCCUCACACGUUGCGUUGGCGCUCUUUGCGAGCCUUCAUGUGGUUUCAGCAGAGCGGUGUAUUCAGGAGGCUCUUCAGCAGUACCCUCACUCAGCGGAGAUACGACGUCUUUACUGCGCAAUAUGCGGCCAAAACAACGUUUCGAGACAAGAAGUGCAGAAUCACAGAGGUGAGGAAGCAAAUACAGGGCGGGUUAAAAGGAGUUUGAUACGGCCUGUUUUUACGCAUCUUUAUCGCGGCGUGCUUCCGGUGAAAUAUAUUACCUGUGACCACCAUGGGUACGCGGCUGUGUAUGCACCACUCGCCAUGUGCCUUCUUUGCAUCGGUGCUCUUGCAGCCGCUUUUGUGUUGCAUUUGAAGGACGUUACCUCUACUGCUGCAAAUGCCUCUCUCACUGAUGAUGCAGGUUUCCGCUGGUCUUUUGUGCUGCCUUCGACUCUGUCAACGUAUUUGGGAUUCGGAAUUGUGGUGUACGCGUUCACAGCUGCGGCGGUGAUCCCUUUUCUUGCAUCGUGUGGCGCGGGCGCAAACAAUCAAACCCGUCACAUCGAAAAUUUCCUGCGAGCGCUUAUGGAGUGGAACGGUUUGGAAGAUGAUGGCCCAAAUCGGCUUGUUUUUUGCUUGCGUGGCCUGCCCUUAGUCAACCUGUUGACGGGCGUUCAACUCGCCGUGAGCAAUGCACUUCGGCUUAAAACGCAUACAGGGAAACUCUGCACUCCCAACGGUACUGUAAGUCUUCCCAAUGCCUGUAAUCGCCUCUUCACGGGAUGGGGCACGGUGUUGAUACUGCUUUUGGUCUUUCUCCUUACGGUCGCCGUACUCUUUAAUGGGCGUGGAUGGCGGGUGGUGCGCUACUGUGAUGUCAUGUUAGGCUCAUACGCAACAUUCAUCACAAUAUUUAUUAUAGACGUUGCUUUUUUUUUAUUUUUUAUUCCGUUCCUCUUCCUCUGUUGCGUGGUGUUGGAACCAAUUAUGUUUUUUAUCAAUGCCAUCUUCGGCGUCGCCCUCGCAUCACCGCUGGUUAUGGAGCACAUUCCAAGUGUUUCAAGAGACAAGUUCCUGUCCACACCCAUUUCCUCCCACGCAACCGCAACUGCUGUGGAUUGCUGGGGAUCGAUGGCGUUGUCUCCAGAGCAGGUGACCUCCCAGGUGUGUGGAAGGCUACGUGCAAGCAUGCCACCGCUUCACUGGUCGCCCUCUCGAUACCACGAUUGUUCACUUCUCUGUUUUCACGAGGUGCUGCAGCCGCUGGGCAAAGGUGGUGGCGAUGCCUCCCAAGCACCCAGCGGAGCGCUGUUGCAAGUCUUGAGAGGACUUGCAUCCCGCGGUGUCGCAGGCUGCGCCUCUAUGCAGGCUGCCGUGAAUUGGCGCGUUCAUCGCACUCGUCAGCAGAGUGAGGCAGCGGUGCAGUUAGCGCUUUUGCGUGAGAGUUUCACUGCAGCGGCCUCCCCGGCGCCGGCCAAAGCAAACUCCGCGCUAAACAACGUGUUGGGUGCUGCCACAGCUGUUGGGGUCGAUAAACGUGGGAGUUCCUUCACUGUACCACCCCGAUGGAAGCCGAAGUCUGCGACUCCGUACGGCUAA